AUGUCAAAUUACAAUCAAGCAGAAUUAAAUGAAUCUGAAACAUCAUUUUCAUAUAUCAAAACAGAAAAUGAUUCCGAUUUCGAAGUUGACCAAUUCUUACAAACAGAAUUAAUUGUUAAAGAUGAAAUAUUAGAAAAUAACGAUACAACAAGUCAAACAAAUCGUUACAAUUGUUAUGGGAAUAAAAAAAAUUUAAAAGAAUUAAAAUCUGCAACAUUAUUAGAAAAGAAAGCUGAAUUUCUGCGACAAGAAAUUUUACGUAAUAGUAUACGAACAUUUCAAUGUGAAACAUGUGAUCGUACAUUUACAGAUCGUAGUGAUUUAACAAAACAUGAAUUAUAUCAUACAAGUAUACGACCAUUUAAAUGUAAGGUAUGUGAAAAAACAUUUAGUACGAAACGAAGUUUAAUACGGCAUGAACAAAUUCAUGACGUGAAUAGAGAUCGUCCUUUUGUAUGUAGUGUUUGUGAUAAAGCUUUUACUAAACAAUGCCAUUUGAAUAGUCACGAGAAAAUCCAUACUGGUGAAAAACCGUAUCAAUGUGAUGUAUGUGAAAAACGUUUUACGGAGAAAAGUGAUUUAAUUAAACAUAUGCGUAAUCAUACUGGAGAGCGUGCUUAUUUAUGUAAAAUUUGUGGUAAAACAUUUACUUUAGCGCAUACAUUAUCAAAACAUCUACGUUUUCAUAAUGGAGAAAAAUCAUAUAAAUGUAGUUAUUGUCAGAAAACUUUUAUACAAAAAAGUGAUUUAACACGACAUACAAGAACGCACACGGGUGAAGGUUCCGUACUAUGUAAGAUUUGUGGUAAAACAUUUACACAACGAAGUCAUUUAACUGAGCAUACGCGUAUACAUACGGGGGAACGUCCAUAUAAAUGUUUAACAUGUGAUAAAGCUUUUAUUGAUAAGGGAAAUUUAACACGACACCGUCGAAUUCAUACAGGAGAAAGUCCGUAUUUGUGUAGUGUUUGUGGUAAAACUUUUAAACAACGUAGUAGUUUUACAAUACAUGAGCGUAUUCAUACGCACAGUGUUUCGUCUAAUGCAACAGCUGGUUCUCUAACAUACCCGGUUUGUGAAGUUUUACCUGCUUUACACGCAUUUACGGGUUGUGAUACGACUAGUAAAAUUGGCACCAAAAAAAAAGCUUUAGAAAUAAUAAAAAUUAAAGAAAAUCGUGAUGCUUUAGUCCCUCUUGGCAAUGGCUUAGAAUUAAGUAGUAAGGAGUUAAAAGGUUUAGAAACCUUAAUGUCAAAUUACAAUCAAGCAGAAUUGAAUGAAUCUGAAACAUCAUUUUCAUAUAUCAAAACAGAAAAUGAUUCCGAUUUCGAAGUUGACCAAUUCUUACAAACAGAAUUAAUUGUUAAAGAUGAAAUAUUAGAAAAUAACGAUACAACAAGUCAAACAAAUCGUUACAAUUGUUAUGGGAAUAAAAAAAAUAUAAAAGAAUUAAAAUCUACAACAUUAUUAGAAAAAAAAGCUGAAUUUCUACGGCAAGAAAUUUUACGUAAUAGUAUACGACCAUUUCAAUGUGAAACAUGUGAUCGUACAUUUACAGAUCGUAGUGAUUUAACAAAACAUGAAUUAUAUCAUACAAGUAUACGACCAUUUAAAUGUAAGGUAUGUGAAAAAACAUUUAGUACGAAACGAAGUUUAAUACGGCAUGAACAAAUUCAUGACGUGAAUAGAGAUCGUCCUUUUGUAUGUAGUGUUUGUGAUAAAGCUUUUACUCAACAAUGUCAUUUAAAUAGUCACGAGAAAAUCCAUACUGGUGAAAAACCGUAUCAAUGUGAUGUAUGUGAAAAACGUUUUACGGAGAAAAGUGAUUUAAAUAAACAUAUGCGUAAUCAUACUGGAGAGCGUGCUUAUUUAUGUAAAAUUUGUGGUAAAACAUUUAUUUUAGCACAUACAUUAUCAAAACAUCUACGUUUUCAUAAUGGAGAAAAACCAUAUAAAUGUAGUUAUUGUGAGAAAACUUUUAUACAAAAAAGUGAUUUAACACGACAUACAAGAACGCACACGGGUGAAGGUUCCGUACUAUGUAAAAUUUGUGGUAAAACUUUUACUCGACAAAGUCAUUUAACUGAGCAUACGCGUAUACAUACGGGGGAACGUCCAUAUAAAUGUUUAACAUGUGAUAAAGCUUUUAUUGAUAAGGGAAAUUUAACACGACACCGUCGAAUUCAUACAGGAGAAAGUCCGUAUUUGUGUAGUGUUUGUGGUAAAACUUUUAAACAACAUAGUAGUUUAACAAUACAUGAGCGUAUUCAUACGGGGGAAAAACCUUAUACAUGUACGUUAUGUAAUAAAUCGUUUGCUUUGUCGAGGGAUAUUAAUAAACAUCGAUUGAUGCAUGAAACGGGCGGUCUUUGUAGAAGUAAAAAAUUAUCAAAAUUUAUCUAGUAAGUUCAAAUUGAUGGCAGGCUGGAACCUGGUCAAGAAUUACGUAUCUACUAAUUGGUGGAAUGAUUUUCACUAAUUAAUAUUUAUGUUGCUAUAUUCAAAAAGAAAAUAAACCAAAAUUAUCUGUUCGAUUUGCGAACAAGAUCCUAAGGUAAAAAACUAGUCACGAACAAACAGUCAUAAAAAGGUAGCAUUGAAUUAAAACAUUGCUGAUACAAACCAAGUAAGGCGCAAAACUUCUAGAAAUACACAUAAAAUUUUGAUGCAUUUGUAUCAAAGAAUACAGGUUGUGUAUCUUUGCAUUAGUGAUAAACAUCACAAGAACGAUUUUCCAAAAUAUGCGCGCAUUUAAACAAAAUAUUAAAGAAAUAUACUCAAAAAAUACAUUAUUAUAUUUACCUAUUUUCUUAUAUAGUGUAGGUGCUGAGUGGGUAGUGGGUUUCGUAUGCAUUUACAAGCCCCACCGAAUAAGAAGUGUAUUUCGACGUAUUUUGACUCGCUGAAUCCAAAUUUUCAACUUGAUGGAAAAUUUGUUAUAAGAAACAAAUUAAUUGUUUAUACGGCCAUAGGUCCUAGAUAAUUGAAAAUUUUAGUAAACAAUUUUGCACCAUUUUACUCUACAUGAAAAACAAAUAUUUAUUUUUUUUGUUCGUCUUGAUACGAGCAUUAGAACCAGGGUUGGCCAGACUUUUAAUGGAAUUGGGUAAGCACGGGAUUGCUGGCUUUUCACCUCUGCGUUCACCUUGUGAUCCAUGGACUGUUCAUGCUUUUAAUGGGUUUUAAUUAGCACGGUUCUCCGGGUUUUUUGACCCUUGCGUUUAUCCUAUGAUAGCGUACACCCCAUGUAAUAUAUGCUGUUAAAUUAUUAAAUUUAAUCAUCAAUUUGGAAAAUACACAAUUUCAUGGAUAUGAAUUUCGCAACCUGCGUAAUAAGCAAUUUGUCAUGUAAAUGAAUUACGCAAUCAGUGUAAUAUCCAAUCUCAUGUAAAUGAAUUACGCAUUCAGUGUAAUACACAAUCUAAUGGAUAUGAAUUAUCCUCCAAGCAGAAUAGACAAUAUCAAGGAUAUGUACGACGUGUAACUUUAUUUAUUAAUUGUAAAACACUAUUAGUAAAGGCGCUGAGUGGGUUUCGUAUGCAUUUAUAGGUCUUACCGCACAAGGAGUGUAUUCUUUCGGUGAAUAUAACAAAUCAAUGCAUAUCUAGUCCUUAAAUAUGUAAAUAUGUAACGCCUAAACCCUCUGGAAAAGUAGUUCAAACUACCAAUAUGGUGAGUUCGGAAACGUAUAUACAAAUGAUGUUCUAUUAGGUAUUCUUUAUUCUUUGGUAUUACCCAAAUUGAUGCUUUAAUUUAAUAAUUUAAUUACAUAUAUUAUCAAAAAUAAAUUGUCAAAAAACCCGCAGACCAGUGCUAAUUCGACCCCAUUAAAAGCAUGACCGACCCAUGAAUCACAAGGUGCACGCAAUCACAAGGUGGGCGCAGGGGUGAAAACUCCGCAAACCCGUGCUUACUCAACUCCAUUAAAGGUCUGGCCUACCCGUAGAUCACAAAGUGAACGCAAGGGGCAAAAAACUCGCAAGUUGGCGUUCAUCCUGUGAUCCACGGGUUGGCCAUGCCUUAAAUAGGGUCGAUUCAGUACGGUUCAGAGCAUGUAUUCUUGGAUAUAAAUGUAUCACAAUAUUAUGUGUGUGCGAUGCACGUGCAAUUAUCCGCAGCCGAUUAGUCGCUCUCUCUAGAAGUAAAUCAAAUUAGGUAAUGAGUACAUCACUUAAAUUAAUUGUUAAAUGAUUUACAAUUAUGUUUUUGGAUGAAAACGUCUACAAUAAAUAAUACGCUUGACUAAUAAAUUUACGAAUAGCGUUCAUAUUGAAUGGAACUGGAACUGAAUUUUGUCGUUUUGUCAUGCGUGUUAUUGUAGACAAAGCUCGAUUGUUUAUAUUACAUUUUUGUACAAAACGAUAAAUCGUUGUUUAAUCUACAUAAAAAGUUUACACAUAUUUAAUUUUUUUUUCAAAUUUGAAUAAAUUGAGUAAUGCCACAAAUAAAACAGGGUUCCAUU